GUCACCUGGUACAUGGUAAGAAAUCCGUUUACAUACACGAAAACUUCCACUUUCGCGCACUCGCAAACCCCCUUUGCGUUGUUUUAUGACGUUUUGGAGCCAGGUGAUUUUGUCUGUACCGAGGCAUUAAAACUGUUUGGGCGCGCAACAUCCGGUUGGGAGUUAUAGCUGUAAGAAAAUUUCCAAAAGUUUAAAUGCAAUCUGGUAUACCAAAAGUCUCAUUAUACAUAUACCGACCUCCUUAAAUUUUGCACAUAAAAGCACCGUUUGCUGGUUGUGGCAUGCGAUAUCCAGCGCUCCUGGGACACUCGACGAGCAUGUCAUAAUCAGCUUCACAGGUUGUGUCUCCACGAAUUGUCUACUCGACAAUUGUUACAACACGGCACUGUUGCUGCAUCGUGCAGUCAAUUCCGCAACCAAGAGCCUCACCAUAACGGACCUUAACCGCAAGGAGCACACUUUCUUCAUCCCAGCUUGGCUGGGCGUUACCAACAUCCACCUGCCCCUGUGGUCAUUGGAAAUGGCCGUUUUCCUUUUUCUGGUUCGUUGUACGAGUACAGUGACACGAGUUCGUUGUUGAAACACGGCAUCAUGCGCCGCAUUGCGCCCUUCAAAGGUCACUGUCAGAGCUUGAUCCUGCACAACUGCCAGUUAUCCGGUCUGUUUUGUAAUCCUAUCUUGGACAUGUGCUGUACGAUGAAGAAGAUCCAGUCCCGAUCCCCGCGGCGGAGAAGCAUCUGAUUAUCCCAGCCAACGACUUGAUGAUGGGCGGGCAGGGAACUUUAUUUACUAUGAAUACCACAGAGAUCACGCUUCACCGGUUCAUGCUGCCCUGCGUCGACGGUUGGGAGGCCGUCAUGAGCCGGUUCAUGCGCGCCAUCGACGCCGCGUUCCCGGCCGCCGGCGCCGAUGUGUACCGGAAAGUGCGGGCCAUUCACGCACGUUGGCUGGAGAAGCUCAGUUAUCCCGACGAAUGGCAGCGCAUUCGCCAGAUGUUGUCCGUAUUCAGUGGAUUUCAAUCGGACGGGACACCACUGCACUGGGACACUGUUGACCUGAGGCAGCUGGACAUUGGCCAGCUGAGCACGAUGGCCUUGUUGGCCGUCAGCGAGGCUUUUCGACUGUGAGGGGAAUCUGAUGUUUUUGUUUGUGCGUGCAGUACAAGCUGUAUAUGGAUCGCAUUGAUGAGUGAGCUGCGGAGGAAAUGCACGACUUGAUGCCUUUUCGCGAAAGAUAACUUUCAUUUCAAGCCAGCUGUUUCGCUUUAGGCAGUCCUGCUGGCGUUAGCAAGCGAUUGCCGAUUGCAAAUUCCACAUGUUGCCGGGCAGCACGGCUGUCCGCCACGGAGAACCAGUCCACGUUCUAUAUAUUUGUAAAGGUCACCGACAUUUCGGUUGUAUAGAAUUUACAACUGUUUGCGAUCUGCGUAUAACGAAAGAAACUGCCAAAUAUUAUUAUCAUUAUUAAUAAAACUUUAUCAAUAAUAAUUAAUAAUCAACUACAGCUUUAUAAAGCAUCAUUGCAGGAUAA